AUGUCCAGCCCAGAGUCCAGCCCAGAGCUAGAUUGGACUGCCAACUACUCGGUAACCGAUUUUUCUUUCCGAGACGACGAAGCUGACGCCAUCAUCAAGACCAUCGGUUGGGGUAGCCGCUGGUUUGAUGACAUGAUUCCGACAAAGCAACGCGAAAGCGAGAGAGGUAGUGGAAACGCUCAAGGAGUACGGAAUCAUCAUGGCCAUGCCAUGAAUGUAGUCUGUGCUCACUUGCGCACGUACAACACUGCCGAAAUCUCCCUUCACGACCUGCCAGGUAAAUAUGACAAAAGCGGCCGCACCGUUUUCAAUGUCAGGAAAGACAUCACCUCCCUCUACCUGGCGUGCAAGAUGGCCGCUGUUGAGAGAUAUUGUCACACCUUCGGACGGCCAUCAUCAGCGCUCCAUCUCAUGGCCUGCUGCUGUGCCCCAUACUACAAUAUUCGGACCGGCAGAGUCAUCUACGGGUUUUGCUGUGCCGGGUGUUACAAGCGGUACAUGGAUUGGGAGUUGGAGGAUGACACCUGGCUGAAUUCACCAGCGGAGAGAUGGGCACAUCGUGCCGAAGCGAGACUGCAUGACCGCAACAGCUUCCUCAAGCACUUCAAAAGGUGUAAAGAAGGCCAGCGUCUGUGGGCAUUAAGCGACGGAGGCGCCCUAGUGCCGGCAGAAUUGCCGCCCUCAGUUGAGAAGCACCGAUUGACCGAGUGAGGUCGAGUGAAUAAAAUUCAGUUGGUGUUGACAGAUUCCAAGUCAAUUAAUUGAGGGCUUCGGACGGUCAGCAGGACAAGAUUGGAAAGCAAGUUGUUGUAUUUAUUUGCCUAACUCGUGUUAGCUGCUCCGAUGUUGGCCAAAUUUAUUCUCACGUUAUCG